AUGGACUACGAGCCUGAAACUGCUUAUUCUGGCUACAUCGAGGCCAUCUACGAGUCCGAAACUGAAACUGGUUAUGGCUACGACGAGCCGGAAACUGCUUAUGCUGGCUACAACGAGCCGGAAGCUGCUCGUUUUGUCUACGACGAGCCUGAAAAUACUUACAUUGGCUAUGACAAAGAGCCCGAAAAUGCUUAUGUUCGCUAUGACGAGGUGGUACCCUCGAGCAACAACAGAGAGAUGAACGUCUCUAAUGCAGUUGAGAACCGAGUGAAAUCGUCAUACAACGACCAAUAUUGUCGAUCUUCAAGCAGUUAUAGGGAGAGUUACAAGGCACAAGAGCAUGUGGACCAGCGCACUGGGCAAAUGGGUUACAAGGAAGAGGAAAAGUACACCUACAACCAAAAGUAUGUGGACAAGGAGCAAGGCUACACCUUUGAGCGUGAGGCCCAAGUCAAGUUCAAGGACUCUGUCUACCCUAACAAGUCUGCAACCAAGUCAAACAAUAGUCGCAUCAAGUAUUAG